UAACUGGACGACGUGAGUUGCAAAGGCUGCCUAUUGUGCGAUAUUGGAAACUCGUGGAACGUUCUAGAAAAUUUUGAAUUAUUAUAAGUUGGCAGUAGGAUUCGGUCCUGCGAUUCAGUUAUUCAGUUGUCCUUAGGGAACCGUAGAGCAGUGACGUGUCGCGCGGGAAUUUUCGUACCUCCUCAUCAUUCUACUUUGAGAAAAUACAGUCUGUGUUUUGAAAGCAAAUAUCCAGUUAAAACUAGAUUCCGAUUAUAAACAAGACUUCAGCCGAUUAGCUCCAACCUUCAGUCAGCAUGAUGGGCGGUAGCGUAUUGUGGUUUCGACACGGGCUGCGGUUGCACGACAACCCAGCGCUGCUUGCCGCGCUGGAAAACCAGUCGGGGCCGUUAUUCCCGCUGUUCAUCUUUGAUGGGGAGACUGCUGGCACGAAGGUAGUCGGAUACAACCGGAUGCGGUACCUUCUGGAGGCACUAGAUGACCUCGACAGCCAGUUCCGGAAGUAUGGCGGCAGACUCAUCAUGCUGAAGGGGAAACCUGAUGUGGUCAUCCGUCGGCUUUGGGAGGAGUUCGGUAUCCGCAAGCUGACCUUCGAGCAGGACUGCGAGCCGGUGUGGCGUCCUCGCGACGACAGCGUCAAGCGGACGUGCAAGGAGAUAGGCGUGGCCUGCCAGGAACACGUCUCCCACACCCUGUGGGCCCCGGACACCGUCAUCAGAGCCAAUGGAGGCAUCCCGCCGCUCACGUACCAGAUGUUCCUUCACACGGUGGCGACUAUCGGUGAUCCGCCACGUCCCGUGCCCGACGUAGACCUGAGCGGCAUCCAGUUUGGAUCUCUGACGGAGAGCUUCUACCGAGAUUUCACUGUCUACGAUAAGACACCAAAGCCAGAAGACCUGGGUGUGUUCUUGGAGAACGAAGACAUCCGCAUGAUCCGCUGGGUGGGCGGCGAGUCCACGGCUCUCAAGCAGAUGAACCAAAGAUUAGUUGUAGAGCAUGAGACUUUCUGCAGGUUCGCGUUUGAGAAUCUCACGUGUUGGGGAUCGUAUUUGCCAACACAUGGCAACCCAGAUCUGCUUGGCCCGCCGAUAUCUCUGAGCCCAGCCCUGCGAUUUGGAUGCCUCUCUGUUAGAAAGUUCUACUGGGCCGUGCAGGAUCUGUUUCACCAAGUGCAUCAGGGUCGCUUGUCUGCUACUCACUUCAUUACAGGUCAGCUGAUCUGGCGCGAGUACUUCUACACAAUGAGCGUGAACAACCCCAACUACGGACAGAUGGCUGGCAACCCCAUCUGCCUCGACAUCCCCUGGAAGGAGCCUGAGGGAGACGAGCUGCAGAGAUGGAUGGAAGGCCGUACAGGCUUCCCGUUCGUGGACGCAGCGAUGCGGCAGUUACGCGCGGAAGGUUGGUUGCACCACGCCGUGAGGAACACUGUGGCUUCCUUCCUCACCCGCGGGACCCUCUGGUUAUCCUGGGAACAUGGGCUGCAACACUUCCUCAAGUACCUGCUGGACGCUGACUGGUCGGUAUGCGCAGGCAACUGGAUGUGGGUAUCGAGCAGCGCGUUCGAGGCGCUGUUGGACUCGGGCGAGUGCGCGUGUCCCGUGCGCCUUGGGCAGAGACUUGACCCGAGUGGAGAGUACGUGCGACGAUACGUGCCGGAGUUGAGAAAUAUACCCGUCGAAUACAUCUACGAGCCGUGGAAGACACCGCUGGAGGUGCAGGAGCGGGCCAGGUGUAUCAUCGGCAAGGACUACCCCGGCCCGUUGGUGAACCACCUGCAAGCUGCGCAGCGCAACCGCAACGCCAUGAAGGAGUUGCGCGGGAUCCUACACAAGGCGCCGCCCCACUGCUGCCCUUCAUCAGAAGAGGAGAUCCGCCAGUUCAUGUGGCUCCACGAAGACCCGCAGAUGGAGCCUGCAGCAGCCACGGCCUGAACAUUGCCCUGGACUUUUGGAGCGGGGUAGAAUAAAACAAGGUGGGUUUUAAGAGCUGUUUUUGAGCAAAAUUGUUUUUUAGUAUGAUACUAUCGUGUGGGCUGUGUGAUUACCAACCUGAUCAACCAGUAUAAUAGUAACAGCAUUAUUCGACUUAUGCCCAUUUUCAACAGUCAUACAUAAACUCACAGCUAUAUCCCAAUUGGGGUAGGCAGAGGUACAUCCAUCGCAAGAAGAAAUAAGUACCCACACCUCACCGAGCAUUUAAAAAAAAUCUCUUAAAGGGUUUCCUUAGCACCUCUGCUUAAAUAGUCGCGUUAACGCGCGCUUAUAAACCUUAGCAUUUUAACACGUUACGGGACAGAAAAUUUACACUGCAAGCUUCUUCUACACUGAACUAGAGUGUCAUCUAAUCUAUUAUAAAUAAAAGGUCAAUGACUUUUAGUAUCCCGGAACGUGUUAAGAAGCAAUAAUAAAGAGUUAGCAAAGGGUUGGACUACAUCUGGCAGCACGGAACCGCACUUUCCAACGCGUUUAUCCUUUUCUGACACUCGGAACCGUUAUUUGCUAGAGCGAGAUAAAGCGCACACGGUGGAAUCGACGAGACGGUCGACCCGCUGAGUGUCAGAAAAGGAUCGAAGUACGAAGUGUGAACAGUCCGGUUUAUGACGUCACUAUGCGUCAUUUCUUAUUGCUUCGUGUCCUUCGAGUGUGUCCGGAAAUAAUAUUUCUUAGCCACAAGCGCUGAAAUGAGGGACU